AUGGUCUCAUUCAUACUACAUUCUACCAUCUCAUCAGAACAAGCAUCUCUCAAUGCUCAUAUUCUCAAGAACAUCACAGCGCAGAUUCCAUCAGUCUCAAUCUCACCAACCCUAUGGUUUCAUAUUAAAGAUUUAGAACUCAUCGACCCAGACUUCCACAAAUCUGGUAAAAUUGACCUCAUCGGCGCUGAUUUCUACGAUCAAAUCAUACGACCAGGUUUCAGAUCAGGAAUUUCUUCAGAACCGAUUGCUAUGAAAACUAUACUCGGUUGGACUAUCCUGGGUCCUUCUCAUCAACAAUCUCAUCAAUCACCUAGUCUGUCUCACUAUCUCAUAUCAAAUCCUCAACUGCAAGACUCUCUCACGAAGUUCUGGGAACUCGAAGAGGUUUUAGAGUCUUGCAAUGGAACUCUUACCGUCGAGGAAGCUGAAUGUCAAGUUCACUGCCUAGCUACUCAUUCUCGAUACGCAUCAGGACGAUACAUCGUCCGUUUACCAUUCAAAUCGUCAUCUCAGAAGCUAGAUGGCUCUCGUCAUAUUGCGCAGCGCUGUCUCAACCAUCUCAUUAAGCGAUUUUCUCAGGACUCUAAACUUCAGAGCCAGUGCACCGCAUUUCCCACUGAGUAUGAAGCACUCGGACACUUGCAGCGAGUCUCAUCAUCAUCGCCUGAACCAUCUCAUGUAUAUUAUUUACCUUAUUAUGGUAUCGUUCGUGAAUACAGCAAAACGACCAAGUUGAGAGUCGUCUUUAACGGUUCAAGCAAAACAUCAUCUGCUAGUUUUCACAAUGAUCAUAUGCAUAUCGGCCCAAGCUUGCAAUCAAAGAUCUGUGAUGUACUUUUAUAUUUCAGAAGUCAUCGAUACAUCUUUUUGACUGACAUCGUGAAGAUGUUUCGUCAAAUUCUCAUUCACCCCAAUGACAGGGACUAUCAGCGCAUUCUCUAG